AUGGAUCAGAUCCAGGGGUGUACAGGGAAUACCUGCCUGUCUGGAGACCCUCAUGGAGCCGGAGCUGGGGGCAGGAUUUUGGGAAGAGACUUUUUCCAGGACAGUCACUCCUGCCGGGCAUCGCCAGUGCAGGUGACUGAGGAAGAUUCAGCCAGAGUGCUCAGUCGCCUGAGUGGUGAAGGAGGCAAAGUAUUCACUGCAGAUGUCAGAAAACACUUUCCUCAGCUCUGCAAAGUGUUUAAGGCACACAUUUCUAGUCCAAACUCUGAGCUCAGUAAUGCAGCAUUGCAGGCCUUGGGAUUCUGCACUUUUAAUUCAGCUAAUACAGCUGAAUUGUCUGCCACGGACAUGCAGGAUCUGCUCUCGGCAGUGAACGGCGUCGCCGUGAAAGCUUCCGACAAAAACACCCGCACUCGGGCACUUUGGGUGAUCUCCAAGCAGGCCUUCCCUCCUGAAGUUGUCAAAAAGGAGGUGUCCAAUAUUCUCUCUUCCCUGGAAACAAUCCUUACCAAAGGAGAUGUACAGUCUGUUGUGGUUGAAUAUGAAGCACUUAAUGUCAUCAUACGCCUGAUGGAGCAAACCCCAGCCCAGAUGGGAGAGGAGGCUGUGAGGUGGGCCAAGCUGAUCAUCCCUCUGGUUGUCCACUCUGCUCACAAGGUGCAGCUGCGAGGGGCCACUGCCCUGGAGAUGGGGAUGCCACUGCUCCUGCAGAAACAGCAGGAGGUGGCAGCUGUCACCGAGCACCUCAUGACCACAAAGUUGAUUUCUGAGCUUCAGAAAUUGUUUUCUGCAAAAAACGAGACUUUCGUGCUGAAGUUGUGGCCACUGUUUGUCAAACUGCUUGGGAAGACUCUCCAUCGUAGUGGGAGUUUCAUCAACUCCCUGUUGCAGCUGGAGGAACUUGGAUUUCGGAGUGGCUCCCCAGUGGUAAAGAAAAUUGCCUUCAUUGCAUGGAAGAGUCUCAUAGAUAAUUUUGCUCUAAACCCAGAUAUCCUGUGCAGUGCUAAAAGGCUGAAAUUACUGAUGCAGCCCCUGAGCUCGAUCCAUGUGAGAACAGAGGCUCUGGCACUCACCAAGCUGGAGGUCUGGUGGUAUUUACUCAUGAGGUUGGGAACUCACCUGCCUUCAAACUUUGAACAGGUCUGUGUCCCCUUAAUCCAAAGCACUCUGAGUCUGGAUCCUGCUGCUGCAUUCCCAGGAACCCCCUCACGCCUUCCAGCCAACCAGAGCUUGGGCUCAGCCACCCCUGGGCAGAAACCAGGUCCUUACCCAUUGGUGAGUCCAGCCACCCCGAGGAUAAACCUGAAUUCCAGCCCAGCAGGAGGGGUGGUGUUUUCUUCCAUCCAGCUCCUGGGCAUUGAAAUGCUGCUGCACUUCCUGAUGGGACCAGGAGUUUUAGAUUUUGCUAAGCAAAACAAACUUGUACUCAGUUUAGAGCCUCUCCAGUCCCCACUGAUCAGCAGCCCUUCUUUUUUUUGUAAGCAUGCCAGCACACUCAUCAAUGCAGUGCAGGAUGGCUUUAUUGCAAUUGGAAAAGAGGUUCCUGAUUGUAUGCUGAAUGUUAUAUGGAAGGACAUAAAUGGAUAUGUAAAAACAGCAAUUGAAUCAGGAAAUAAGAAAGAAAAGCAAGGGUCAGAAAUCCUCACUAUGUUGCUCCAGGCCUUAAAAAACAUUGUGAGAUCAGGCUCUCUUCCUGUGCAGAAAGUACUGUCCCUCAUUGAUAUUACUGUUAAGGAGUUGCCUCCAAAAGUAUUGGGAUCACCAGCUUAUCAGGUCGCUGAUAUGGAUCUUUUAAAUGGAACACCAGCUUUGUUCUUAAUCCAGCUGCCUUUCCAUAACAACCUCUUGGAAUGCUGUGUAACAGAUGAGAGAUUCUUUGUGAUUCUGGAAACACUUGUGGGUUAUGUCCUGUCUGGGCCCACAUCUCCCCUGGCUUUCAGUGAGUCUGUGAUCUGUGUCAUCAACCAGAGCUCAAAGCAGGUGGAAAACAAGGAGCACCUUUGGAGAAUGUGGAGCAUUGUCGUUAAUCCUCUGACAGAAUGGAUUAAUCAGACCAAUGAAGUGAAUCAGGGGGAUGCCUUGGAGCACAACUUCAGUGCUGUGUACAGUGCAUUGCUGCUGCCAGUGUCACACAUCUUCCCCACCCAGGGCUUUCCCCAGCCAACCAUGAAGUCCCUGCUGCGCUCGUGGUCGGAGCUGUACCGAGCCUUCGCCCGCUGCGCUGCCCUGGUGGCAACAGCCGAGGAGAACGUGUGCUGUGAGGAGCUGUGUGCCAAAAUUAUAGCUGGGCUAGAAGGUGAAACUCCAGUAAUGUUUUCCAUGAUGGAAGGUCUCACCCAUGUUGUCUCAGUCAUGGUUGACUGCAUCAACUUUGCUCCAUAUGGUACCAAAUACCAGCCAAAAACCAGAUCUCCACAGACACCUUCAGAUUGGUCUAAGAAGAAAAAGGAGCCCCUGGGCAAACUUGCCUCUCUCUUUAAGCUCCUGGUGAUGUUACUGGACUCCUUCCACGUGUUCAGCUCCCAAGAAACCUGCUCAGAAACACUGAUCUCUGUGGGUCCUUCAGUCCUUGCUGCUCUUCACAACAUCAUCAGCCACAUUUCGCUGCCCUCAGUGAUGGGCACCAUGUUUGCCAUUUUUUCCAAGCCCCUGGCAGUGUUUUAUGAAAAAACCAAGCUCCCUGAGGUACCUAAAGUCUACAGUAAUCUUAACAACAAGCUUGAGAAGCUGCUGGCAGAGAUUCUGCAGUGCCUGCAGUCCCACUGCACGGGCUCCUACGACAGCGAGAUGCUGGAGCAGCUCUCCCCACUGCUCUGUGCAGGGUUCCAGCACAGGAGCAAACAGCUCAGGAACCAGUGUGCCCAGUUCUGGAAUUCCACCUUUGCCAAGACUGCUUCACUCACAUACCCUGAGGAGUUAAAAUCUGUGUUAAGCCAAGCCAAAAAGAAGGUUCCUCUCCUGCUGCCUGGCUUUGAAAGCAUUGAGAUGGGUGAAGAAUGCAGUGGGCCCUUCUCUGACACGAUGGAAAAUUCCCAGCUGGAUGCAAAGAUCAGUGGAAUGGAAGUGAAGCUGGGUCAGAAACGAGAUUCUAUAUUGGCACAGAUGAGUGACCAGAAAAACGAUGGAAAAGACAAGUCCAGUAACGUGCAAGUAACACCUGCAAAGUUAAAACUAGAAUUUGCAUCUUCGAAGACUCCAAGUGAGAUACUUCUGGAAGAGGAGAAAUCAGUUGAUUUUGUGUUUAUUCCUCCAGAAACAAAAGCAAGAGUAUUGACAGAACAUCAGAAAGAAGUGCUGAGGUCAAAGAGGGUUGACAUUCCUGCCAUGUACAACAAUUUGGAUGCAUCACAAGACACCACCUUAUUUUCUCAGGAUACUCAAAGCCAGGAGGAUUCUUUGGAAGUAUCACCUUUAAUAGAAAAUGCCAAAGAAGAUACUGAAAGCAAGCCUCAGGAAGAAAAUACAAGGAGUGAAGGGUGUCCCACAGGGGAGAGCUCAGCUCCCACCAGCAAGGGGGAGUCACAGAACCACACAGCUGAGAUGGUUCCAGAGGAGCCAUCAGCUGGAGAGCAAUUAGAGACAAGCUCUGUGGAAGCAGCUUCCAAGGAGACCUCGGCAGGGAAUGAAAACACUUCCAAUGCCAGCAACAGCUCAGCUUCCAGCGAUGUAAUUUCUGGGACCCCCCAGCCCGUGAGCCGCCGGCAAUCCUUCAUCACCCUGGAGAAGUUCAGCGGGACAGAGAACAGGCCCUUCAGCCCAUCACCACUGAACACCUCCUCAGAGCUGUCCAGAGGGGCUGCCCUGGCAGGCAAGCAGGAAAAUACAAGUGUAAGCAAGACCAGUGCUAAAGCAGAGAAAUCUGGAGAAGAAAACAGAAAGCCUCCGGAUCCGGAGCCUGUCCUCGCGGCGAUCCGGAGGCUCACGCGCCGGCAGAGCAAGAUGGAGCUCCAGGGAAACAAGUCCAAGCUGAUGAACAGGUCAGAACAGGAGUCUCUUGCCUCUGACAGCAUGGACAGUACUCCUGAGCUGUGCUCCACAGUGGAGGACGUGGAGCAAAUCCUCCUGUCCCAGUCGCAGGCUCUCCACUCCACAGAGGCAGACAUCAGGAAAGUUGAGGACACCAUUGCGGAGAUAGAGAAGGCCCGGGCCUUGGACAUGGAUUCCAAGGAAAACACCCCCCCAGACACCACCAGCUCACCUGACCAGGCCACAGGGGAGGACACCCAGGUGUCACAGGUGUCCCCUCAGCAGAAGGUGCUCCGGCGUUCCUUGAGGCGCCGGUCGGAGACUGCAGAGAGCUCCUCGGGGAGCCAGGACAAGGAGGAGGGGAUCCAAAGGAGGGACAGGCGGAAAGAGGAUGACAAGUCUGGGCAGAAGAAGGUGUCACAGCCUAAGGAUGAUGGAUCCCCAAAGCAGAAGGGGAUUUCUGGGAAAACAGCAGAAAAGAUGAGUACAAAAGAGAGCAGCCAACCCGAGAGAACUGCAGAGGACCAGAGCUCCAAGGACUCUCCUUCCAGGGGCAUUGAUGAGGAAGGGAGCUGGCGUGGCAGGAGGGCAGAAGAGCCCCUGAAGGCUGAGGGGGAAGGUCAGGACAGCAGCCUGAAGGUGGUGGAGCGCCCACGGUACCACACCAGGAGAGCUGCCCAAGGAUUGCUCUCCAGCAUAGAGAACUCAGAGGCUGAGGGCUCUGCCAAGGAGGAAAGCACAAGGAAGAGAAAAUACACAAAAGUGAAAACCAGAAGUGAUUCUCAGGAAGGUAAAUUGAAAGAUGGGCAGCCAGGAAGCCAUAGCCACGAGGUGUCUUCCCAGGAAAAUGAAACUCAGAGUCCACUGGAAGCAAAUAAAGGGGAAGCUGAAAUCAGCACAGCUGAACCAUGUGGCCUUGAAAACCAGGGAAUUCCUCCCACUGCUGGUGAAGUUGUGGGAUCUGCCAGCUCUGGGAACCCACCUGCUGCUCAGAACACCAGUGAGGAGCAAAACCAGAGCGACACAGCGAUGGAGUCACUGCCCAACCCCUCUGUGUGUGAGCAGGACAGGAAAGCAGCACAGCAGAACCAGCAGGAGGAGAGGCAGGCAAGCCCAGGGGGCUGUGCACCAGCAGUAGAUGGUUCAGGGGCUGAGCAUUCCUCUCUGCAAACCCCUGAGUGUCACAGCAAAAGGAGCAGGAGGGUGAAAAAAACCAAGAGCUGCGAUUGCUGUUUUAAAAAGCCAAAGCAACAAAUAACAUCGUUCACUGAAUCCAGAAAGAGGAAAGCUCCUGAGCCGGACGAGCCCCAGAUCAGCCCGGUUCAGACCCCUGGAGGUGGCUCAAAGCUGUGUGGGCACUCAGAUUUUGAGGAAAGCUUCUCCCUGGCACCUUGUGCCAUGAGCACUCCGGUGCAUCCCCCGAAGGAACCCAGGACGGGCGACUUGGAAAGCCAGGGAACAUGUGUGGGUACCCUGCAAGGAAGCAGUGUUGGGAUGGAGGUGGAGCCAGAGAAUCCAGAGUGUUCAGCAGGUGAAACUACUGACUCCAUAGAGGAAAUAAAGGAACCUGCUCAUCAGAAGGAGCCAACGGAGCAGGUUCUGCCAGGGGGUGUUCCAGGGGAGCCUGGUGAGAGCUGCCUGGCCAUGGAGAGCCAACGGGAAGGACCAGCAGCUCCAGAAAAGGGAAGAACAACAGCUCCAGAAAAGGAUGGAACAGCUACUCCAGAAAAAGAUUUAAUGAUGGGUCCAGAGAAGGGGGGACCAGCAGCUCCAGAAAGGGAGGAACCAGCUGUAGAGAAGGAGGGAACAGCAGCUCCAGAAGAGGAAAUAGCAAUGGCUCCAGAGAAGGAGGAACCAGCAGCUCUGGAGGAGGAGGAACCAGGAACCCCAGGGAAGGAGGAACCAGGAACCCCAGGGAAGGAGGGACCAGGAACCCCAGGGAAGGAGGAACCAGCAGCUCCCGAGAAGGAGGGAACAGCAGCUCCAGAGAAGGAAGAAAUAAGUCAGAAUGGACAACUGGAGGAGGUGCCUGAGGAACUGCCUGUUGAUAGCAAACCUGAGGAAAAGGAGAUCAACAAUCUGGAAAACAUUCAGGAUGAUAAAGCAGAAGCUGAGAUUACUGCAGGAGAAACUUGUGUUAUUCCAGAGAAAGAGAUGAAGGAGGAAUUAAUGGAAACUGAAAUAACAAUGUCUGAAAAUGCAGCCUUGGAAAAUCCCAGUGUGGAGUCACCUCUGAAGACAGAAGGUGAUGCUUUGGUGCCGGUGAAUGAGAGCCCCACCAGCAUCCAGGCCCGCUGCACGUGGUCUCCCUCAGCUUCCCCUUCCACCAGCAUUUUGAAGAGAGGUGCAAAGAGAAGUCACCAAGAUGAUGAGUCCCUGUCACCUGCUCAUAAGAUCCGUCGGGUGUCCUUUGCAGAUCCCAUUCACCAGGCGGGGCUGGCGGACGACAUCGACAGGAGGAGUCCCGUGGUCAGAUCCCACUCCUCACCCUCUUCCAAAAGCCUGAAAAUCUUGUCCAAUAUUCAGACUAAGAUUACAGAAAUGACCAAGGAGUCUCUGCCAUGCCCUAUGGAACACGUGUACCCAGCCUUGGCUGGCUGCAAAGCUCCUGUGGAUGUCAUUUUACCCCAGAUCACAUCAAACAUCUGUGCCAGAGGUUUGGGGCAGCUCAUCCGAGCCAAGAACAUCAAGACCGUGGGGGACCUGAGCUCUCUGACAGCCCUGGAAAUCAAAACCCUUCCCAUCCGCUCUCCCAAAGUCUCCAAUGUCAAAAGAGCUCUCAAGGGAUAUCAUGAGCAACAGGUAAAGUCUCGAGUGUCAGAGGAAAUGGUGGUGCUUGAAGAUGCUGACAAGCCUGUAAAUGAUGUGGAGGAUAAACCACUCUGUGUAGAUGAAGAAAAGCUUGGAACAGACCUGGCUGAGCCAACCAUGCCCAACACGAGCGACCAGCCCCCAGCAGAUCUCCUGAGCCAGAUCCAGGCCCUCUCUGCCCAGCUCAGCUCCGAGGAUCUCCACAGCUAUUCUGGGAGCCAGCUCUUCGAGAUGCAGGAAAAACUUGCUGACAUGUCCACCUGCAUCCUGAAAAACCUGCAGUCCCGCUGGAAAUCACCACCCCAGGACAGCUCCCAGUAGCUGCUUCCCGGGGCUCAGUAAGGAGGAUUUUGUUACAACAGGUUUUUUCCCCCCCACACACCUUGUUUUUCUUACUGGUGAAUUACUCCUUAAACUGUGCAUUUUGAACAGAAGAUAUUUUUUAACUCCUACAUCAAUUUAUUGUCAUGGGAUUGUUGUUUUUUUUUUUUCCUUAUUCUUGUUGUUGUUGGUUUUUUUUUUUCCCCCCUAAUUUGUGGGACUACUUCCUCCCUGGCAGAGGUAUUUGUCUUGUGUUGCUAUGCAUAUUUCUUUCAGGUAGUGAAAGGGAACUUGACAAGAGUUGUGCAAUAGCAAAGAGACUGUGAAACCAAACCAACAGAGUAGUUAAAUUAUUUUUUCAGACCCGAAGUGUUCUUAGUGCUGCAAACUCUUCCUGUGGGGCCAGAGCUGCAUCUCCCAGCUCUGCUCCUCUGCUGCCCCGGGGGGUUCCUUUGAGCUGCUCAGACUCUGCCAGAACAGCACCUGUGAGGUGAGCUGGGCUUAAUUCCUUAAGCAGGAACCUGGGAUUUGUACUGGAUCUAUUUUUCCACGUAUUUUUGUACGACUCACACUAAGAAGUGACAGGACGGGCGUGCACAGACUCUGCGAAGCCUCCCGGGCUUUGCCCCAUGUCCAUGGGUGGCAGCAGUUCUCCUGGUGGGAGAAGACUUUUUCCUUGGGGAAAUGAAUGGAUUUGGCAAGAAGCUUCUUGUAUAUUGUGUACAGAUUGACAGCAGAUGUUUGGUUACUAAUUUAUGAUCGGGAUUUUAAUUGCAUGGAAUGCAUUGCUGCUUCUCGGAGACCUUCAGCGAGAGUUCCCGGGCUUUCCUCUGGAAUUCUGAUCUGUAUAUAUUGUACUGUAGCUAUCAGAGUGGGUGUUUAUUGGAAGGAACUGCUGCAGGUGCUUUUUAAGACUUACACAUGGGCAAAUAAAAGAGAAAAUAGUUCCCAAA